AUGGAACAUAGUUAUACGCGAGAUUUUCGUCUGCUGGAAAGCAGUCAAACUGCAACGACCCGAACACUGAUGAUACAUCGGCCGCCACAGUGUCCCUCGUGUCACACGCAUUCUCACGACGAACGUAUUGAUUUAGAGGAGUCGUAUAAUCCACCGAUUCCGUCAUACAAUGAGGAAAGCGCACGACGGGCUAUGCAGGAAAGUGAAAACAUUGUUGUUACAGCUAGAAACUCCGUGUCGGAUGAAGAAGAUUGGGAGGAACGAGUAAACACGUUCGGAUGGACUGUGCAACAGUUUAAUCUGUUCGACCGUGUAGCACGGCUGUUGGAUAUGGACCGCCUGGCAAGACUUACAAACACGGAAAAACAACACGAGCCAGUGCAUCGUCGCACAGUCAUUGAUAAAUCAGUAAGCCGGCUGCGGCAGGCACUGGCGAGCGUUUCGUGGGAAACCAGACUAACGCAAUGGCUCCAUGUAUUGUUGAUGGAAAAUCUGCCACCGUCAUAUUUGGCUAUUUACAUCGAUAUACUUCAAACUCUGCACGCUAAACUGCCACUGUUGGUGAACAAAAUGAUCUUCGGAAGCUCACUCAAUGUAGGCCAGGAGCUGCUCGGGCCGGUGCUGAAGAAGCCAUGGGAACCGAUAGUGUCGCACAAAAAUCGCAAACUACCCGGUCAGCCGUACAUCGUUAUAGUGCCAUCGGUUCCCAAUUUCUCGCAACCGACGGCUCGUCAACAGAAGUGGUUCAGCCUGUUUGCCACGAUGUCUUCAGUGAUACCAAUACAAGGUUCACAGAACAAGACAAAUAUCGAUAAACAAUCGCUAGAGCUUUUAGCGGAAAAUAUGAUAACUUCCACUCGCGCUAAAAUACAACAUGUACGCAACAACACACCCAAUCGAUCCAUUAUUUUGGUGGGUUUUGAUGCUGGUUCCGCUAUUGCCCUUCAGAUCGGAUUGGUAGAGUCCGUAAGUUGUGUUAUUUGCUUGGGAUUUUCAUACCACACGUACAACGGAGUCCGUGGUACACCUGAUGAUCACAUUGUUGACAUUACUUGUCCUGUAUUAUUCGUCAUUGGUCAAAAUUCUGCUCGCGCCAGUCAUGAAGAAAUAGAAAUGCUACGAGAUCGCAUGUCUACUCAAACAUCACUUGUUGUGGUGGGAGCAGCAGACGAAUGUCUUCGUGUAUCUAAAACGAAACGUAAAAUCGAAGGAGUUACCCAGUCGAUGGUGGAUAAUAUGGUUGCCGACGAGAUAGCAGAAUUUGCUACGAACUGCUUGGUCAGUCCGCCACGAACGAAACAAACCGGUGUGGUUGGACAGUUCGUAAACGGUGCGUUCCAAUCGGAGCCCCACGUCCAAACGCAGCGCAACGAAAUUGAUCUCGCGGUACAGCGCAAGCGAAAACAUGUCCAGGAUCAUAAAGCUGAUUCUAAACAACAGAAAAAGUCACACAAUCGACGACCAACUAAAUCCAACCAAGAGUUCUCCCAAUCUACAUCGCUGUCUUCGCAGGAUCUAUUGGACACUGCUGUUCAGAGCAUUUUGCCUACAACACCUGAGAAACAAAUAAAGAGUGAGAAAAUAAUUCUUCCGCUCGCAAAUAGCGACGAAGUGCUGAAAUAUGAAUCUGGUGCUACACAGAUCAUCUCCGCCAGGGCUAGCACACCUAUUGUGCUUCCUGCACUGAAGCGAGAUUCGGCUAUGUCCACUGGGGUGUUGCAACAGCAGAAUAAUGUGAAUGUGAAGUUGAUUGAAUCUAAUCAACUCAUUCAUCUGAAACCAGCUACCGGAACGACGCAGAAGUUUUACUCUAUCAAAUCAACCUCCAAACCGGUCGUCUCCGUGAUAGGAAAUGCAAGUACAGGUGUGAAUGAAAGUGGCAUAUCCUCAAAUGAAGUUAGCAGCCCGCCAAAGUUUACUAUCGUACGCAGUAUGGGAUCUACACCAACAGUUUUCAGCUCUGCCGGAGAUGUAAAUGGUAGUAAAGCUACCAAGGAUCUGACCGAGACAAACAUUUUUGAUCUUCCAAUUGUGUUUGCCGAUAACGAUGGAGUUAUUCAAGAGGGUUCCCCUGAAAAACCAAAGCAAGAAGUUCGGCCUGCCAGUGUUGCAGCUUCAGCAACAACCACCGUUACAACAUUAGGAGGUUCUCCAACGUCUGGAAAUACAGAAAGUAGUGUCGUUUCGGUGCAGCCGUCAGGUAAUCGAUUCAUUACGCUACAACAACCUUCUGGAGGUAUGCCUCUAGCGAUUGGAAAGUCAAAACAGUUGGUUGUCAUCAAUAAGGGGACGCUAAAACCCGUUGAUCCCAGUAUGAUAAUGCCCGUGGGAACAAAAAUUAAUCUGCCCUUAGCUGUCGCUUCCAGCGCAUCACCACCGAACACUACGGGCACGGUAGUGACGACUGGAGCAGGUGGUAAAGCCAAAUUUACGAAGGUUCUUUUGACCAAACCGCUGACGACCAGUGUCAACAACAGUGGUGUAGUAAAGAAUUUGGGCGAGUUGCUAUCUGGCAGCAAAAUUGGGUUUGUAAACUGUGCUGGUGGUAGUGGUGGCGUGAAACAAAGCACUGUCACUGGAACUCCAGUGACCAUCAACGUCAUCAAUUCAUACAGCGGAAAUAAGUUGCAAAAAGCCCUGACUGGUAAAGAAUCAACCAGUGGCGGCAUUAUGCAGGGUACAUCCGUGAGUGGUGUCAGCGCGACCAGUAGCAUUCCGAUCGUCGGAAGUAAUAAGAUUUUGAUUAAAACUACCACCUCGGCGCUUUCCGCUGCGAGCGCUUCAUCUGCGAUGGUAGGACGGAAUAUAAUGCUGCAAAAAUUCAACAUCGUUUCCACGUCAACCGGUACAAAGCAAAGUAAUAGUAGCACAAGGAAUGCUGAUGGGACGCCAAAGGAAAAAUGA